AUGGAGGCCAACGUGUCAGGACCAUCUCAGUUGCAUCGCCUGCGAAAUGGAACCCCACCUCAACUACGUGGCUUGCGAAUUGGACAUGUUGUAGGUCUGCAACCAUGCCCGCAAAAUGAGACCCCAAUGCUGAAACUGGGGUUGCAAGGCGUGAAAUGGGUUGAGAAGUUAUUCUAUCGCAUUCCGAUCUCAGUUCUGCAAGAUGAUGUGAAAUACGAUUCGUUUGUUAUAGGGAGUGAUGAGGAUUUAGAGGUUUUAUUCCAUUGUCAUCGGCUGUUUUCCGAGGUCAGGACACCUGAGCUGUUGGCAAAGCUUGUAGAUGUGUUCUCUAGCUCAGGUGGUUCGAACCAAAAUACCCAAACUCUAGCAACGACAACCUGUUCUAGUUCGAGACCUGUUGGUGGAUCUUCAUCCGUGCCUGUUAUUGCACCUCAGAAAAUGGUGGUUGCCUCCCCAUCCUUCGCAGUUGAUCUCAACCGCAGUGGUGACAGAGAAGUUGGUAUUAUUGAUAGAACGCCGGUUUCAUUACAGCGUUGGACACCAGAUAGUAUAGACGAUAUAUUGCCGGAUGAUGAUGACGUUGAUGAUGUGGAGCCAGACAUCAUUGCCGAUGAUAGCGGUGAUGACAUAGCAGCGAGUAAUUCAGCUAGGGCUGGUAGAGCGUCUAGCUCAGGGACUCAGCAGUAUCCUCCGCACUUUUUAUCUUUGGACUUGGAUGUCAUGAAACCGGAGGGAGUUCCUGACGAACCUAUUAGAUUUGAUGCCAGAGAUACUCAGGGUACCAGAGGUCUAUCAGAGUUUCAGUUUAAGGUGGUGGAGUCUGAUUAUCGCAAGUACCUUGGAAAGUGUAUUGAAUUUGACAACGGGUGCACAUGGUUGAUUAGGAUCAGUCUCCGCCAGCGCAGGGGUGUUUGGGAGGUAAAACAGUACAAUGGACCUCAUACUUGUCUGGCCAUGUCAAUCUCGAAUGAUCACAGGAGUCUUGAUUAUCAUGUGAUCUCGGCCUUCAUCCCGCCAAUGGUCAGAGCUGAUGCAGCCGUCUGUAUCAAGAUGAUGAUGCCCGGUAGUGUUGCAGUGUUGAGGACGAGUCCUGUGCGAGUGGGUGGGCAGGUGGACGGCUCGCAAGCCUAUUUUCACCGGCUUUUUUGGACAUUCCCACCGUGUAUUGAGGCAUUUCGGCAUUGUAAGUCGUUGGUCAACAUCGAUGGGACCCACUUGUACAGCAAGUACGGGGAUAUGUUGUUAGUUGCAAUUGCACAAGACGGGAACUCCAACAUCCUGCCUAUUGCAUUUUCACUCGUGGAGGGUGAGAAUGCUGAGUCUUGGAUGUUUUUCCUAUCCCAACUCCGACAGCACGUGACUCCGCAACCGGGUAUUCUGGUGAUAUCGGAUCGACAUAAUGGCAUCAAGGCAGCACUUGAGGCUCCCAACGGAGGUUGGCUACCACCUGUUGCAUACCGUGCAUUCUGUAUUCGACAUAUGGCCGCAAAUUUUGCCCUGACUUUUAAGGGCAAGGAUGCACAGAGGCUUCUGGUGAAUGCGGCGUAUGCCAAGACUGAGGUUGAAUUUGAUUAUUGGUUUGAUAUUCUACGAAUCGAAGACCCUGCCAUGUGUGAGUGGGCUAACAGGAUUGAGUAUGCGAUGUGGACCCAACAUCGAGUUGAAGGUAGGAGAUUCGGACAUAUGACAACGAAUAUCUCCGAGAGUGUGAAUUCCAUACUGAGGGGAGUCAAGAACCUUCCAUUUUGUUCACUGGUGAAGGCCACAUACGGGAGGUUGGCCGAGCUAUUUGUUCAACGCUGUCACGGACCUCCAUAA